AUGCAGAUUUCGCGGCCAAACAACACCCAGACUUCUUGUUUCUUACACCCAAAUUCCUUUGAGACCCUCAAAAUUAGCGGCGCUGAACGCCAGUCGGCUAGCCACACACUCUCUCCCAAUAGCCGACGCGACCGGGAAAUUCUCGAGCGCCGCAUCAUCAAUCCGGAGCGGCAUGGGAAGCGGGCUGGAACUCCUGGGGAAAGCUGGGGAUGGAUAUCACAUCCCCUCUACUCUCUUGGCGUAAAUGUCAUUGCGAAGCUAUCCCUGCCAAUAUCCCAACCGCGGACAAAUGAGCGUGACCAAGUACGCAUUUAUGCUCCAAAACUCCCUCGUAAGAAAGAGUCCACUUUCCAGGAGGAAGAUUUGCGAAAUCUUUGGCCUUCCGAUGAACUGAUGACGCUUGGAGGCUUACAUGGACAGGCUGAGCUGCUCCUGAGAGAGAUAGCUAUGCCCGCCUAUCAACCCACUUACCCAGGUUGCUAUCAAGCUCCUAUUUGCAGCCUUGGGUAUGUGAACACUGCGGCUUGGUACCGGCAUCCAAUCAAAGCAACAAAACGGGUGCUCUUCAAAGCCGCCUCACAUGUACCACUUUACAUCAUCUUCAAUUGCCGAAUUACUCACCGCCGCCCGUCAAUGGCAUCGUAUCCGUAUCGUCUAGGAGCGAAAUUUCAGCAAGUUCGAACCGUGGCAUAUAUCGAAGAAUUCUGGAGGCCUACUUGGGGACAACAUGCGUCUAGUUCUUGGGGCGCUCCUCCGGCCGCUGUAGAGUCGAAUCCUCGUGUCCCGCCAUGGUUGAUAUGGGACACAAUAAGGCUUAAGUCGACGACUCUCCUCGCGGGUGAGAUAUAUUCAUACCCCAAAACAACUCUCUUCGGCCAGAGCAGUUUCAGAUGCAUAUACCACCUUCGAGGCCUACACUCCAUACCCCCGUACACGAUGUCACCAAAUAGUCGAGCAAGCUCAUCCCAUCGGACACCCGCCUACCCGCCAAUCCACAAACAUUUGCCGCAAGCAAUCGUCCGCAAGGCUCGGCCACUUAUCCGCGAUCAUGCUAUAUGCACUCUGAACGAGCCUGCAAGUAAAAACCCACGUGCCAGUUUACCUUGUCACGGACCGCGACAUGAGGCUCACAACAGUACGUUCAGCCAGAUCCCUCCGAGAUUCACUGUUUUCCACGAACCCUUACUGAUGCCGAAGGUAGAAGAACAAAUUGCGUUCCAUCUUCCUCCCUACAGUCUAUACGACCGCGUGCCCGGACGGGGUUCACCAGCCACCCCUUUCACUGAUAUCGAAGUGCCAAUCACCGAGGAAAAGAUGCCAGAACAUACCCCUGCCUUCGUCUCCUGGCUCGCUAGAGACCAUAUCUUUCCCACUAUCGUUCAUCAUGCGCACUGCCUUCAAUCACAAAACGCAUUUCAGGAACGAAACAUGGCCACCGAACACUCAGGUACUCGAGAAAAAUGGCGGAAGUUUGUACCAGGUUGCCUCAUCAAGAUACUCGGCGAUGGAGGUGAUCACCGCAUCGUUCUAUGCGAGGGUCUCGUUCCUUCCGGCUUCACUGGCUUUCGGCGGAAAUGCCUGAGCGAGAUCCAGCGCUCAAGGGAAAUCAACUGCCAAAGUAGAAUAUGUGAAUUGUACAGCAACGAGAAGCCGGCACCACACCCGUAUCCAGAGGGCGUCUGCUGUGCUGGUGACAGAAAUGGACUCGGAGGGGUAUAUGAAAGUUUGCUGUUGUAUACUCAGGUGCGGCAGAGAAUAGUUUAUCAGAUGGGAUACACACCCGCAAGUAAGUGGAUGUAUCCGUCCGGACGCCACCUGCCUCAUGAGACCAUCUUCACGCACCAAGUACGAGACCGCGGAGCUAAUGGUGGAUUUCAGUCAUCCAGCCCGAAGAUGAAGAACACGCUCCACCACCCUACACUAACAACAAGAUGGGACCCCCUUCCUCACAUGCGUGUUGACCGUUUUGCUAAAAUCAAAUCACAGAAACAUACGACCGACUAUGGAAUAUCAUUCGUGAGUGCUGCUGUGCUACGCGUCGCCUAUGGUCUUCUGUUGAAGCUGUAUACCAUUCGGGCUGUAGGAGAACAAGUGAACCAAAAAGUACUUCGAAAGAAACACAAGAACGCCCUGCAGCGCGGUAAAGAGUUACUACACUCAGCCAUCGCCGCCGUAUCCGACAGAUAUCGCACCGCGAGAGACAUCGCGACUUUGAGCAUCAUGGCCAUAUCGCAGAGGCGCACAGCAUGUACAACGCUUCUUAGAAACAGCGUUGAGAAUACGUCAACCGUGAAACGGGACGAAUAA